GUCAGUGUAUGUGUUUGUGUCUUAGAUCAAAGAAAGAAAGUACUUUUUUCAGUUUUCAUUUAGAAACUUAAAUAAGGUCACAAUUGUUAUGAUAUUAAGUUCGACCCAUCAAAGCCUUUAAAUAUUUGAAGGAGUUAUUAGUAAAAGUGGUAUUAAUUAUUAAAGGAGUGGCCGAGUUAUUAUUGAAUACGGCUGUUGUCAAGAAAUAACAGAAUGUCCAUGACAUAUUAUGACUAUUACGAUGGAAGUAAAAUAUUUCAAUUCCUGUCCAGUAGAAUUGGUCUUCCUAUAGAUCUAGUUAAUUUUUUGAUCGCACAAAUAGCUGCACUAUGCCUAGCCAGGCUAUUUCGGAAACCAUUGAGAUUUGCUUCGCCAGAGUUUCGCCAUUCCGUGUGCCUUGUUAUAGGUUUGAUAAUGGGAUAUUUCUGCUUUGGAAAACAGUCAAUUCAUUUAACAGGUUUACCCAUGAUGAGUUACACUUUGAUAAAAAAUAUUCCACGGCAUCUUACGGGAAACGUAAUUCUUGCUACGUCGAUAUUAUAUUUGUCGUGUCUACAUUUACACCGACAGAUAUACCACACUGCAGACUAUACUUUGGAUAUAACAGGUCCACUAAUGGUAAUAACGCAAAGAGUAACUUCUUUGGCAUAUACAUUACAAGACAGCGUUGAUAAAAAAGAAAUAAAUUAUAACUCCACAAGCCAAAGUCCAAAUGGCUCUUAUAAAGUUAUAUAUGAACAGAUUCCGUCUCCUCUAGAGUAUUUCGCAUAUACUUUAGCUUUCCAGACGCUAAUGUGCGGCCCAGUCGUAUUCUAUAGCGAUUACAUCAAGUUUAUUGAAGGCGCACGGACUGACCAAGACAAACAAGCAACAGAGCCUUCACCUAGACUGGCAGUAAUAUACAAGGUGGCAGGAUCUCUAGCAGCUGCUCUGCUAUACUUAACACUUGCUAAUAAAUAUUCAUUAUCAGUUCUUGAAGAAUUAAAUGAUCCCACUUCGGAGGUUUCUCGUUCAUGGUCUGCUCUAUAUUUGUUAUGGUAUGCCCAUUUGUGCGUCCUAGUAGUCCGCUGCAAAUAUUAUCACGCAUGGUUACUUUCGGAAGCGAUAUGCAAUAAUAGCGGAAUGGGCUUCAAUGGAUACGACACUGAUGGCAAACCUAAAUGGGACAAGAUGACGAACAUAGAUGUUAUUGGAUUUGAGUUUGCGCAAAACUUCCGCGCAGCACUCACUAGCUGGAACAAAAACACUAACGCCUGGUUGCGUAACGUCGCGUACGAGCGCGGCGGCGCCGCGUGGCGCACCGCACGCGUGUACGCGCUGUCGGCCGUCUGGCACGGCUUUUAUCCCGGAUAUUAUCUCACAUUCUUCGCCGGCGGCAUAUUCACUAUCGCCGCUAGGAAGGUGCGAUGUGUUGCUCGACCUUUGUUUUUGGAUAGCCGACCGAAAAAAAUGUUUUAUGAUUUAUUAACUUUUAUAACGACACGAGUGGCGAUGACAUAUGCUACAGUGCCUUUUGUAUUGCUACACCUGGGACCAAGCUUAGCGUUUUACGGGUAAGUCAGACUAUCACUUAUACAUAAAAUAAUAAUAACAACGCAAGCUAUAUUUGGAUUUCAGAAAAUUAGUAUCUCAAAUAUAUUAAUAUUCCUUAUUUUUCCUAAAAUGGAGGGGAGGCAACCUUGAUAUAUUAAUAUACUUAUCAUAGGUACAUAAUAUUCUGAACAUUUAAUUGCAUAUGCCGUAGUGUUGAUAUUAUUUUAUGCCUCUCUUUUACAGGAAAAUGUACUAUUCCUUGCACUUCAUCGCUUUAGGUGCGUUGCUACUACCUAGCAAACGGAUACGUUCUGCAAAUUCAACGCCAACUGAUCCCAAAUUCAAAGAAGUUAAUGGUGAAUCUGGUACACUGAAGAUUUCCUAAUUUUAAAUAAUUGGUUUUAAUGAAGACUAAUUUUAUUUAAUUAUAUUAAGUACGGGUUGUUGGUUCACACUUAGACGAGGCUAUUUACUGUUUGUUGUUUCAGUAUUGUAUUAUAAUAAUAUACUUAAUAUAUUCUUGCAUGUAUCAAAAUGAAUAAUUCUCCACAACCCGAAUACUAUAGUCACAAAAUCUCAUUACAAAAGUUUAAGCUAAGAGUACAUACAAUAUUUAUGUAUAAAAUUAUAUACCCAAAAUUAUAGGGGACAAUGAUUGGACUGAUGACUUUUUUGUGAAAAUAUGUACCGUUUUAGAACAUUCCAUUGUAAUUCUUACAUCUGACCAGAACAAAAUCCUGGAAAAAUCCCCAAAGAAAUUAUGCUGGAGUCUGACAAAGAACUAUAUGUACUAAAUGCUUUCAUUAGUUCACUGUUACGUUAUUAAAGUGACUGUCUUAAGUGGACCAUCUUAUAAUUAAUAUAAUAAAACAUAUAAUUAUAUCUUUCAGUUCAGCAGCGCCAUGUCCUGAUUUUAAAUGAAUUCUUGACUCAUCAAGUCCCUUAAUAAAUCAGUUACGAAUUGGAUACAAAUAGCGAAGUUUCGUAGUGGCAGAGAUAAACGAUUCUUAAGUCUUACUUUGGCCAUUAUUACGGCUAUAUACCUUUGGUACAUAUAAGAAGGGGACAAAAUAAUAUCAUAAGAACAAAAAAUAAACUUUUCCUUUCAGCAAUUUACUAUGAGUUCGCAAAAAUUUGAUACAUAUCCGAUAUAUAUAUCGGAUGACUGAAAAGUGCGACUUUUAAGCUGCUUGUGGCUUUAUUUAAUGUUUGAUAACAAAACUAUAAAAUAAACCCUAUCUUUAUUUUACACUUUUAAAUCAAAGGUACGAGUUAGUUUUAUUUGAUUAUUUAGUAUAAAAUAAUUAACAAGUAGUAUGUGUGUGAGGAUUAACAUGAGCAUAAAAUUUUAAGAAAAAAAUAAAAAUUACCUCUUAGAAGGGCUACGCUUUCAUAUUACGGGGAAAACCC